UCAAUUCAAUACAUAAACAAAAAGUAAAAGUUAUACGGAUAAACAUGGAUGAAAUACAAAAGCUUGAAUACCUGUCUCUGGUGUCAAAAGUUUGUACAGAGCUUGAAAACCAUUUAGGGAUUAAUGAUAAAGACUUAGCUGAAUAUGUAAUUGAUUUAGCUGACAAAAACAACACAUUUGUUACAUUUAAGAAAGCCUUGGAGGAAAGAGAUGCUCAUUUCUCUGAAUCUCUCAUUGCCAACCUCUUAAGGCUCAUCCAAAAGAUGAAACCAAAGCCUAAAAGUUUUGAAGAAGCAGAAAAGUAUGAAGAUCAAAAAGAUGAUCCUGAUUUAAAAAAGAAAUUAUUUCCUGGUCUUGCCUUACCUAAUGACCCACAAGUCAGAAGCAUGUUGAUUGGCGACACUAAUAGCAGUGAUGAAGAGGAUACAGGACUGAAAAAAGAACAGAUUACACCUGAGUAUAAAGAAGAAAAACCUAGCUUUUCAAAAGCAGGAGAUGAAUCUGUUGCUAAUUCCAUGAUGAUGGAACUUGAAGCCCUGCUGGGCAAGGCAAACAAAAAAACUGAUGAUGCUCCUGUGAAAAAGAGACGCAAAAGCCGCAGUAGGAGUCGAAGCAGAAGUCGAAGCAGAGACAGAAAUAGAAGAAGGAAAAAACGUUCUCGGAGUAGACAUAGAUCUCGUAGUAGGUCACGAUCUAGCAGUAGAUCCAGAUCUAGACACAGAAGACAUCGUAGAAGCAGAUCCAGAUCACGAAGCAAAGACAGGGGCAGAAAAACUAAAGACACCUCAGACCGUAACAUUAGAGAUUCAGACAAAACAAAAGUUAAAGAUGCUUACAAUGACAUCCCUUUGGAGCCUGUUGUUGGAUCAAUUUAUGAAGGAAAAAUAACUUCCAUCCUACCUUUUGGUUGUUUUGUGCAAUUGGAGGGACUUCGAAAACGUUGGGAAGGUCUGGUUCACAUUUCACAGCUAAGGAGAGAAGGUCGUGUUACCAAUGUAAGCGAUGUGGUCACCAAAGGUCAAAAAGUGAAGGCAAAAGUUUUAUCUUUUACUGGCAACAAACCAAGUUUAUCCAUCAAGGAUGUGGAUCAAAGGACAGGAGAAGAUCUGAACCCCAGCCGUGUACAUGUUGGUGGUGAGGUCAGGGGAGAGGACCUUGAUGCCCGUAACCCUGACCGUCCCAGUACACUGCCCUUGGUGGAUGCCCCAGAACUGGAGGAUGAGAAAUCUGAGAUGAAAACUUUCAAGCGUCUGUCAUCCCCUCAGCGCUGGGAGCUGAAGCAGAUGAUGGCUGCUAAUUGUAUAGAUGUUACAGCUUUGCCAGACUUUGAUGAGGAGACUGGUUUACUGCCUAAGGAAGAUGACUCAGAUGAGGAUGUUGAGGUUGAAAUGGUUGAGGAAGAACCCCCUUUCCUUCGAGGUCAUGGCAGACACUGGGUAGAGUUGAGUCCUGUCAAGAUUGUUAAGAACCCUGAUGGCUCCCUAGCUCAGUCUGCUAUGAUGGGCAAUGCCCUGCAGAAAGAGCGUAGAGAGAUGAAACAAGCUCAGAGAGAGGCAGAGGUCAACUCAGUUCCCACAGUGUUAAAUAAUGACUGGAUUGAUCCAAUGCCUGAAGAUGGUGGUAGAACACUAGCUGCCAAUAUGCGAGGUGUGGGGAUGGCACCGAAAGAGGAGCCAGAGUGGAAGAAGCACAUAAGUGGUGGAGCUAAAGCCUCGUAUGGCAAGAAAGAGAAGAAAUCAAUUAUUGAACAACGACAAAGCUUGCCAAUCUACAAACUAAAAGAUGAUCUGCUUAAGGCUGUGUCAGACAAUCAGAUACUCAUUGUCAUUGGAGAGACAGGGUCAGGUAAAACAACACAGAUCACGCAGUACCUAGCCGAGGCUGGCUACACCACCAGGGGGAAAAUUGGCUGCACACAGCCCAGGAGAGUGGCCGCCAUGUCUGUGGCCAAGAGAGUGUCUGAAGAGUUUGGUUGUCGUCUGGGUCAGGAAGUUGGCUACACCAUUCGUUUUGAGGACUGCACCAGCGCAGAGACCAAGAUCAAGUACAUGACUGAUGGUAUGUUGCUCAGGGAGUGUCUGAUUGAUGGUGACCUCACUCAGUAUGCUGUCAUCAUGUUGGAUGAGGCUCACGAGAGAACCAUUCACACAGAUGUUUUGUUUGGUCUUCUCAAGCAGGCUGUAAAAAAGAGGCAGGAAUUGAAGCUUAUAGUUACAUCUGCAACACUUGACGCUGUCAAAUUUUCCCAGUAUUUCUAUGAAGCUCCCAUUUUCACAAUUCCUGGCCGCACAUAUCCUGUGGCUAUUCUCUACACCAAGGAAGCAGAAACAGAUUAUUUGGAUGCUUCCCUUAUAACUGUCAUGCAGAUCCACUUAACUGAACCUCCAGGUGAUAUAUUGUUGUUUUUAACUGGUCAAGAGGAAAUCGACACAGCUUGUGAAAUUCUGUAUGAGAGGAUGAAAGCCUUAGGACCUGAAGUUCCUGAACUCAUUAUUCUACCUGUUUACAGUGCUCUCCCUUCUGAGAUGCAGACCAGAAUCUUUGAGCCAGCUCCCCCUGGUUCUCGUAAGGUUAUUAUUGCCACCAACAUUGCAGAGACAUCAUUAACCAUUGAUGGUAUCUACUACGUGGUUGAUCCAGGUUUUGUCAAGCAAAAUGUUUACAACUCUAAAACUGGGAUGGAUCAACUUAUUGUCACCCCCAUCUCACAGGCCCAAGCCAAACAGAGGGCAGGCAGAGCAGGACGCACAGGUCCAGGUAAAUGCUACAGGUUGUACACAGAGAGAGCCUACAGAGACGAGAUGUUGUCCACCAAUGUCCCUGAGAUCCAGCGUACCAACCUGGCCUCCACUGUUCUCAGUCUUAAGGCCAUGGGCAUCAACGACCUGCUUUCUUUUGAUUUCAUGGACGCCCCACCCAUGCAGACACUUAUAUCAGCUAUGGAGCAGCUGCAUGCCCUUAGUGCGUUAGACGAUGAAGGUCUUCUCACUCGGCUCGGCAGAAGGAUGGCUGAGUUCCCUCUAGAGCCUAUGUUGUCUAAAAUGUUGAUCAUGUCUGUCCAUUUGGCAUGCAGUGAUGAGAUAUUGACCAUUGUCUCCAUGCUCAGCGUUCAAAAUGUUUUUUACAGACCCAAGGACAAACAAGCUGUGGCAGAUUCCAAAAAAGCCAAGUUCCACCAAGCUGAGGGGGACCACUUGACUUUACUGGCCGUGUACAAUUCCUGGAAGAACAACAAGUUCUCAAGUCCUUGGUGCUAUGAAAACUUUGUACAGAUAAGAACAUUAAAGAGGGCCCAAGAUGUCAGGAAACAGAUGCUGGGGAUCAUGGACAGACACAAGCUUGAUGUUGUGUCCUGCGGAAAAAACACAGUUCGUGUACAGAAAGCCAUCUGCAGUGGUUUUUUCCGCAAUGCUGCUAAGAAAGAUCCUCAAGAAGGCUACAAGACCAUUGUUGACAGUCAGGUUGUUUACAUUCACCCAUCCAGUGCCCUCUUCAACAGGCAGCCAGACUGGGUUAUCUACCAUGAGCUUGUGUUGACCACCAAAGAGUACAUGAGAGAAGUCACAGCUAUAGACCCCAAAUGGCUGGUGGAGUUUGCUCCCAAAUUUUUCAAACACUCCGACCCCACCAAACUGAGCAAACAGAAGAAACAACAGAAGAUUGAACCAUUGUAUAACAAAUAUGAGGAACCUAAUUCAUGGCGUAUCUCUAGGGCAUUUAGGAAGUUCCACACUAAAGUUACCUUUUGAUUUACUGUACAUUCUUAUGUAUUUUUUGUCACUAAUCUUAUCUAGUAUAGUAAAACAAAUUAUACUGAUAUGUAACACUUGCAAGAAUUGUAGGUAUAAAGCUUUUUGAAACAUUUGCAAUUAAUUUUUAGCAUUACUGUAAAAAGUUAAAAAAAGCAAAAUGCUUUUUUUUUGUUUUUUUAAUACUGGAGAUUUUUUAAAAAAUAAACAAAGUAAAAAAAUUGCUAAAAGUGUAUAUAAUGGAACUCCUUAAAAAAUAAUUUCAUGUUUACUUUUGACAAAGAUGUGAGUGUAUGUUCAGUACUUUAAAAAAUGUGAAAUGUAUAAAGUGAAACCAGUAUAGGCAUUGACUAUGACAAUAAAAAAGUGAUAAGAACAA